UUGCAGUAAGCUACCUGGUCAGGUGCGCUUGCAGCAUCACGCUUGAAGAUUCGACUGAGAGCAGCUAUAAACACUUUUGGUGGAACAAUGAAGGAAGGGAAGUUAACUGUCAGAAUAUUUUUUAUACUGACAGUGUUGUCCAGUACCUCUGGCCUUCAGGUUUCAUUCCCUAAGGCUGAGUAUGAGGUCGCCAGGGGCGAUGAUAUCACCCUCACAUGCUUAUUCCAGCCUGCCAGUCCACUGGACAGCACACAGCUGGUCAUCAUAACAUGGACCGCAGCAGCCGACAACCCUGCUGACCCUAAGGUUACUGUCGCCACCUUCUACUCUGCAAAUAAUGUACUGGACUUGAGUCCCUCUUAUGAGGGUAGGGCGACCGUUACUGUGGAUUUGGCCAAGAAGGAGAGCGCCCUGACUCUCAACAGGGUGACCCUGCAGGACAACAGAGAGUUUCAGUGCAGGGUCCAGAUCCCAGGGGAUGAUGAAGGGAAGUUGGCUUCCAUCACCACUGUGCUUGUCCUGGUGGCUCCCUCUGUGCCCAUCGUCAAGAUGCAAGGCACAGCAGAGUACUGGAAUAACAUCAGUCUGAGCUGCGUCUCAGAGGAGGGCUCGCCCUCUCCUGUGUACACCUGGAAGACCUACGAUGUCAAGAACAUCGCCAGACCAUUCCCUUCAAGGACAACGCAGAAGAAUGGAGUUCUGUCUCUCUUCAAUAUCUCAAUGGAAACCUCUGGAUUCUACGUCUGCACGGCGACCAAUAAGAUCCGGGAGGCCAGCUCCAACUUCACUUUAACCGUCCUGCCUCCAUCCAUGAAUAUGGGCUCCACGGCGGGCAUCGUAGGGGGCGUCCUGGCCGGGAUCCUGGUGCUUGGCCUGGUCUUCUACUGCUUCUGCAAGAGGAGGAACAAACAGAAGGAGAAUGUUGAAAAGGCCCCUGAGGCUGUGGCGUUCCAUGACCAGCCCACAAUGACAGUUGGGCAGUACCAGGACGGCCUGCCAGAUGAGGACAAGCCGAACGUGGAGCAUGUCCGCCAUUUUGAGGAGAGAGGGGAGAGAGACAUGGACCUCAGCCUGCAGACUAUCGCCCCCAGACUUAAACUAAUUGAUGAGGAUGAUGAGCAUGGUAGUAAUGUUGGGCGUAAAGAUGAGCACCGUCGUGAUCUCUAUGGCGGCAGUCGCGAUCGCCUAGACGAUCAACGCGACCGGCACGGCGGUAGUCGCGAUCGCCUAGACGACCGCAAAGGUGGCAGUCGGGAUCGCCUUGACCAAAGUGAUCGCUACAGCGAGAGCCGUGGUUACAGCGGAAGUCGUGAUCGUCUGGAUGACAAUCGUCGGAAUGGCAGCCGUGAUCGCCUAGACGACCAGAGUGAUCGUUACAGUGAGAGCCGUGGUCGCAGUGGCAGCCGUGAUCACCUUGACAACGGUCGCCGAUAUGGUGGUAGCCGUGAUCGCCUUGAUGACCAAAGUGAUCGCUACAGUGAGAGUCGUGGUCAUGGUGGCAGCCGUGAUCGCUUAGAUGAUGCUGGUCGUCGCUACGGCGGCAGCCGUGAUCGUCUUGAUGUGUGAUGGCCUAUGCAACAGAUAUACCUCUACAUAUGCCAUAAGGCCUAUUGCUGAUACUGCAACAUUUAUAUUCUUACUUAAAAACUCAAUUGUUUAUUGACUGGAUUUAAAUCAACACUUUUUUUCCAUACAAGCAUAAAAAAGGUCUGCAUAGUCUAUGUUUGAGCAAUUUUAAAGAACUACGUUGAAAUCUGUUUAUUGUCCACAAUGGUAGACCUGUCAAGUGUGUUAGGCCUGCCGACAAGGCUCUAUUUUAUAAGGUUCAGACUUGAAAUAUGAUUCCUCUAUGCGGAGUCAUGUGAUCAUUUUUGGGAGAUUAUAUUUUUUUGUUUUGUGGUCCUUCUUAUAUUUCAACAAGAUUAUUGAUACAGCAUCAAAAUCACAUCUACAUCAAUUAACUUUUUCUGUAAUGAUUACAAAGGCAUACUCUCUGUAAAUCAAUAACAUUAGUAACAUUUUGUAUAAUGCACUUGUUUUGAAUAAAUAUUGCUUAUACCAUUGUGAAAUGUAAAUAGACUAAUCAAAAUUGUGCCGGCAGGUGACUAAGGCUACUUAGCUGUCCUAUUUUGUCUGUGCUCUGAAAAUUCCUUAAACCCCAGUCUGACCUAAAUGUAUUAAUAAUCUAAUUUUUCACCCACUGCACACAAGGACAUUCUACUUCAUUGCAUAGGUGAAACAGAAAUUAACAGUAUUAGAAAAUCUACCCCCUAAAAAAGAGGGGUUAAAGCUUUAUUCACCAAUUUUACGAACUUGUAAACAAUGACACGACCACUUUGAAAUGUCAAUCAAAACAGAAGGAUACUUUUAUUUGAGAAACAUUUAAUAUUUAGAUUGUGU